CAUAUACACAAAAAAUAUAAUAUAAUAUUUUUUUUGGAUUUUUGGCUCUCUCUAGAAGCAGUGAGCUAAGUAGAACGAGAGAGGGAGAGACAGAGAAGAGGAGAUUACUAUGCGAGAAUGGCUCAGUACAGGCAACAGUACCACUACGGUAACGGAACGACGUCGGAUCAUGUGGCCAUUGGGGUUCGAGGAGGAGGCGGCGGCGGAGGAGGAGCCGGGAAUAAAGCCGCUCGAUGGCGCCGAUCGGGGCGCGGAGACAAGAACCGCCGAAUCUCCAUCGGCUUUCUCAUCGUUGUUCUCUCUCUCGUGCUCGUUGUAACUGUUCUCGUAUACUAUUACAUCUCCGCUGAUAAUAAUGAUAAUAGUGAAGAAUUAAAUAGUUAUCAUCCUAAGGAUGUUGAUUCCAAGGUUGAUUCUGAUUUCCUCACAAAUGUGACACGAAUGGACAGUUCUAAAGUCCUUAGUUUUGGCCGCAGUUCCAUAGCACAUGGCCGUGAUUCACGAUAUUGGGAUAGGGAUGAUAGGAGAAGGGAUGAUGAUUAUAAUGAGGAUGUGGUGGAGCACAAUAUCAUGGAUUCUAGUGAUGAGUCUCUUGAUGGUGGCCAUGUUCCCGUGAAAGUGAAGAAUGAGAAGAAGGAGGCUUCCCUUGAUCCUAAUAAGGAUCUGGAUCGUAGAGCUGUUGGGUUGUACAAUGAAGCUGGGCGCAAUGAAUUAAAAAGGUAUGAGAAGGAAUACGAGUUAUCUCUGAAGGAUGGGGGCAAGUUACAAAAAGAACUUGAAAAUAGCCGUCGGCUCUCUGACAGUAAGGACUUUGGAUUGCAUGAUGAGGUUGAUGCUGAUGACCACUAUAAUGAUGGCUUUGAUUCUAGUGAUAGUCAAACGGAAGAUUAUGAUGAUUUUGGACAUGACAAGGAGGAUAACGUAGAUGAAGCAAAAUCUCAUGAUGAACAUGUUAAAGAGUCCUCCACUUUCUCUAAAACUAAGGAACAGCAUGUUGUCAAAGAGGGUAAAGAAGAAUCCAUGUUAUCUAGGGAGGCCUCUGGAGAUUUUGGUGAUGUUGAUGCUAAUUCUCAACAUGUUGGUUCACUUGGUCGUAAAGGGGCAAAAAGCUCACGGGCAGAUUCAAAAAGAAAGCCAAGGCGUCGCAAAUUCUCAGGCUCUUGUGAGAUGAAGUUAUUAAAUUCAACACACCUUGUAGAGCCUUUAGAAAGUCGAAAGUUUGCAAGAUUUUCCUUACAGUAUAAACAAAUGGAGGAGAACUCUGAAGGAGAAGAACAAUGGGUACCUACAUUUGCUGGGCGUCAGAGUUUACAAGAACGUGAGGAAUCUUUUUUGGCACAUGACCAAAAGAUAAAUUGUGGGUUCGUUAAAGGUCCACAAGGGUAUCCGAGUACUGGCUUUGAUCUGGCAGAAGAUGAUGUGAAUUACAUCAGCAGGUGCCACAUUGCUGUGAUCUCUUGCAUUUUUGGAAAUUCAGAUCGCUUGAGGACACCUGCAGGCAAAAUGGUUACUCGGUUGUCAAGGAAAAAUGUCUGCUUUGUUAUGUUUGUGGAUGAAGUCACGAUGCAAACACUUUUUUCAGAAGGUCAAUCACCUGAUGGUGGUUUUAUUGGUUUAUGGAAGAUAGUGGUUGUAAAAAAUCUUCCAUAUGCUGAUAUGCGCAGAGUGGGUAAAAUACCAAAAUUGUUGCCGCAUAGACUAUUUCCUUCUGCAAGGUACUCGAUCUGGUUGGAUAGCAAACUACGUCUACAGCGUGAUCCUUUACAACUCCUGGAUUACUUCUUGUGGCGAAAAGGUCAUGAGUAUGCGAUUUCUAAUCAUUAUGACCGACAUUGUGUCUGGGAAGAGGUUGCACAAAAUAAGAAGCUGAACAAGUAUAAUCAUACAGUCAUUGAUGAACAAUUUGAAUUUUAUCAGGCUGAUGGGCUAAAAAAAUUCAACUCUUCAGAUCCUAACAAGCUUCUUCCUAGCAAUGUGCCUGAAGGUUCUUUUAUUGUUAGAGCACACACCCCAAUGUCAAAUUUGUUCUCAUGUCUUUGGUUCAAUGAGGUUGAGCGAUUUACUCCCCGUGAUCAGUUAAGUUUUGCAUAUACAUACCAGAAAUUGAGGAGGAUGAAUCCUGACAAACCAUUUUAUCUCAACAUGUUCAAGGAUUGUGAGAGGAGAGCCAUAGCUAAGUUGUUUCGCCAUAGAUCAGAGGAGAAGCGAAAUGUUCAACAACAGGCAAUGUUGUAGAAUGUGUUGUAAUAUCAACCUUUCAUGUCGAGUGUCAAAUUUUUGUAUACUUUCUUUGGCCCCUGCUGGAUCAGUUCCUUGUAAAGAAUGCCAACAGAGCUAACAAGUUGCAGCAGUGUUAGUUGUCGACAUAAUGUGAUGAAAUUUCUUGGCAACUUGCAACAAGGAAGUCUUUGAGUUGGAUAUAAAGUUUCACGAGUGCAAUUAUUUUGAGCCACGGCGUCAUCUUGCGGCAGUCCCUUUCGGUUUUAAAUUUGGUAGGUUCUGUUGCUCCAUUGUUUCUUUCUUCAUAUUCAUUGCUUCCCCGCCUGUAGGUAAGGAAGCACCAAUACCAUUGUAUUGCUUACACCUAAAAAAUUUGUUGUAUUAUGAUUAUUUUUUGAAGGUUCUCAAUUGGCUAUU